AUGCCUUCUCGGAGCCAGUUCUCGAAGGGCGACCGCGUCGAGGCGCGGUUCCGCGGCCGCGAGAAGUACGCCCCGGGCAGGAUCGAGGCGACCCGGUUUACCGGGCUGCACCACCUCUACGACGUGACGUACGACGACGGCGUGCGGGAGAACCGCGUCGGCGAGGACCUCAUCCGCGCGCCGACCGUCGCCGCGCCGGCCGCCGCGCCGCGCCAGGAACGCGCCUACCUCGGCGACGCCGCGGUCUACACGCUCGACGACGGCAUCGCGCGCUGGAGCGUCGGGCGCCUGAAGCACUUCCUCGACGAGGCCAAGGUCCCGCACGGCGACGUCGUCGACAAGGCGGAGCUCGUCGCGCGCGCGCGGCGCGUCGUCGAGGACCGGCCGGAUCUCGCGCUCGAGCCCAUGCUGGCGGCGCUCGAGAGCGACACGAAGGAGCGGGAGGCGAAGAUCCGGGCGCGCGUCGCGGAGGAGAAGUGGCAGCACCUGGAGGACGAGUACAACGCGCUGAAGGCGCGCGUCGAGGAGGCAUUCGAGGCCAAGCUCGAGGCCGAGGUCCGCGCGCUCCGCGAGGAGGCGGAGGGCAAGGCGCGGAAGACGCGCGAGCGCGUCGCGCGCGAGGUCGCGGCGCGGCAGGUGCGGGAGAAGUUCGAGAAGAUCGCGCGGGAGAAGGCCGAGCGGGAGAGGGCCGAGCGGGAGAAGGCCGCCGCGCCGCCGCGAGCGGCGGGGGGGCUCCCGCCCGACUGGGAGGAGCAGCGCGACGCGAGCGGCCGGCCCUACUACGUCAACCACCGCACGCGGACGACGUCCUGGACGCGGCCCGGCGCCGCGCCGCCGGCGCCGCCGCGACCCGCGGCGGCGCCGCUGCCGCCCGGCUGGGAGGAGCAGCGCGACGCGACCGGCCGGCCCUACUACGUCAACCACCGCACGAAGACGACGUCGUGGACGCGGCCCGCGCCGGCCCCCGCGAGCCCGGCGGCGGCGCCGCUGCCCCCGGGCUGGGAGGAGCAGCGCGACGCGAGCGGCCGGCCCUACUACGUCAACCACCGAACGCAGACGACGUCCUGGACGCACCCGGCCGCGGCGAUGCGGUGGAAGGGGGGCGGCCCGUAG